AUGGCCUCCAAAGAUGCCGGUAACCGCCCUCCCGAGCAGCGGAAUACAAAUUCAAACGAAGUAAAGCUACGACAGACUUGUGAUGCCUGUCAAGCAAUCAAAACAAAAUGUUCUCGUGGAAAGCCAUCAUGUCAACGAUGUCUGACGCAGAGCAUUCCCUGUCACUAUAGUGUCACUCGACGAAUAGGCAGACCACGGCGUCUUGCACCAACUACUUCACCGCAAUCACAACCGCAACCACUUUCUCAGGCAAGACAAUCUAAGGAUCAGGGUCCCAUACUACCUCAGGAACCAAGCAACAAUACUACUACAUAUGUCAGGCAGAUGUCUAGCCAUUUCUAUGGUUCCGAUUGGGGUGGGUUUGAUGUCGAUGCGGACAACGACCAAAUGAUUGCUGAUGAUGACGACGCUCCCUCCAGUAGUGUCAAUCAAGAUAGAAGCCAGGCCAGUCAUUCAAUGACGCCUAGGAUGACGCCGACUCCCAAUGAUAAUAUGGAAGCAUCAUUUAUUCCAGCUCAAGGAUUGGUAUCCGAAAUUGGUGAUCAAGAUAUGGACCUCUUUGAUUCAUGCUUUGAAAGUACGGAAUUCUCAACGAUGCCUAGCUCAUCCCUGUCUUCUUCGGUGACAAACGACAUUAGAAUGCAAGUAAACCCAAAUACACAGCAGAACCUAGACGAUACAGAUGUAGAAAAGCAGCGCAAUUCAUUAGAGAUGACCUUCGGGCAUAAAAUCGAGCAGACUUGGCAAUCCUUUAUGCUAAGCAAGCAGGAUGAGGACAUUCCGUUUGGGUGGGAAUUUCCAGGUGAGACUAUACUACCAGCGCAGGGAAACUCAUGCCGUUGCCUCGAAUCUGCUCUCGGCAUUACUUUGAGAAUAAGAAAAGGCCAUGCAUUCACAUACGCAGGCGCCUUGGACCUCGCCCUGGAUACUGAAGCACAGCUGCGCGAGAUUGUGCCAGUUGCUGUACAUUGUGCUACAUGUAAAGCGCAGCGGGGUGAAAUCUUGAAGUUAUUUUCCAAUUCAGUGACGGACGUGGUAGACUUGCUUCAGCAAUUGUGCAAUAUUGAGUUUGCCGAUUGCGACGACUCACCAACAUCAUCAUCUCGACAAAUGAAAUCGUCUAUAGUUGAUGGCCUGGACUGGGUACAGCCGCCAAAUCUAAAUGGGGCUCUUGGUCUCAAUUCCCAUGAACGCAAUCUCUCAAGGUCCUCUGUGCACAUGAACGGAAGUAUGAUAGGCAGUUUCAACAGCAGUGGUGCACAAAGAAGACUAUCUACUUCAAUCAACAAUAUACCAAGUGAACAACAUCACCUAGCAAGAAAUCUGAAUAUGAACUUGACAAACGUCGGCAGCGCUGAUGUGGCUGAUUGGCGCAUUCUGGUCGGACGGCAUAUGAUUGUUGGUGACGAUAGAAAAUUUAUGCUGAUGCAUCUGUUGCGACGACGCCUCCGCGCGCUGUCAAACGUGUUAGAAGAUCUGAUUAGGGCAAUGCAAGACUUACGCAUGGCCCUAAGGCGCAAACGGUCGUUGAUGGCGCUCGAUAAUGACUCGAAUCUUGCUGCAGAAAUGGAUACCAGGGCCCCGUUGAAGGCCGCUUCGAAACUAUACGAUAUUAUCGACCACCUAGAAAAGAUACAGAUAUAG